CUAUUACCAGUAAUAAUACUACCACGACGUAGACAUUAAUUUCGGACAAUUUCUUUUCAUCGCCCUUAUUCUCGUCUCGUUGCUGGAUUCUGAUUGGGAGCCUGCAACGACAUGGGAGCGGGACAGUCGACUUCUCAGAGCCACGCCCCAUCUCGUGCUCUCCACGUUCUUCGCGUCACCCCGUCUUCGCCAGCGUCCCAUACGAAUAUUGAGCCAUUCUUUGACUUUGUCGUUGGCUUUGAAGGUGACUCGCUGUCUGCACAGAAUAUCGAUGUAGCAGAGCUGGAGAAAAUAGUGGAGAGUCAUGAGGGCCGGAUGCUCAACUUGUUGGUUUGGAACAGCAAAGGCCAGGAAACGCGAGUGGUCCCUAUUGUUCCUUCUCGUGCAUGGUCUCAGCAGCAGUCCCAGCCUCAGAGCUCCCAUAUUCAGCCUUCUUUGCUCGGGCUCAGCAUGCGAAUAUGCGAGCCUGAAUUCGCCCUUGACAACGUCUGGCACGUCCUCGAUGUCCUUGAAGGCAGUCCUGCUGAAAGCGCCGGCUUGGUCCCGUACGGCGAUUAUAUCACAGGCUGGUCCGGAGGCGUUCUUGGUGCCGAAAACGAUUUUUAUGAUUUAGUCGAAGCCCAUGUUGAUAAACCUCUGCGGGUCUAUGUAUACUCUCACGACUUUGAUGCUCUCAGGGAAGUCGUUCUUGUUCCUAACCGUCAUUGGGGUGGCGAUGGUCUCCUGGGUUGUGUGUUUGGUUACGGCCUUCUGCAUCGAAUACCACCGCAUUCUUCCGGCCAUGUGGCAACAACACCUCCUGAAAUCCAAGAAGACUACGAAGAUCAAACAUAUGGGCUGGGUAGAGCCUCGGCAGGCUCAGUGGCGCCAAGACCUGUUCCCGACUCAAUUCUCGCAAGACCAUAUUCCUAAAACGAUUCCGACCAUAUUGGAGGAAUCCGGUCCAGAAUCUUCUUCUGAUAUGUCCC